AUGGCCUCUAAAGCAAUGGAAGAAAAAGGGCAUGAAGCUGAAAUGAUCGAAAUGGCCAAUGAAGGUCAUAUCGAUGAAGAUGCUCUGCCUUCCAAAAUGGUCAAACUAGAUCAAGGUCACGCCGAUAUAUACUAUGAAGCGCUGGAAAGGUAUCCCAACGAUUCAACUAUCAAUCCAGAAGAUGAAAAGAGAUUGAAAAGGAAGUUGGAUAGACGAAUCUUACCAUUACUUGGAAUCUGUUAUUUCUUUUAUUAUGUCGAUAAAACAACCUUGUCUUACGCAGCUAUCUUCGGUAUCAAGACUGAUCUCAAAUUACACGGUACUCAAUAUUCAUGGCUUUCCAGUAUUUUCUACUUUGGAUGGUUGGGAUGGGCUAUUCCUUCCAAUUUGCUCAUGCAACGAUCUCCUCCUGCCUAUUACCUCGCGGGGAAUAUCUUCAUGUGGGGUGCUCUGUUGAUGUUACAAGCUGUGUCAAAGAACUUUACCACCAUCGCAGUUUUGCGUGUCCUUUCAGGUGCAGCAGAAGCGAUUGCCGAUCCAGCGUUCAUGUUGGUGACUUCGAUGUACUACACUCGAGCUGAACAACCAUCCAGAAUCUCGACUUGGUACGCUUUCAAUGGUGUUGGCGUAGCUGGUGGUGGUCUGAUCGGUUACGCUAUCGGUCACAUAAAAGGCGCUUUGGCUUCUUGGCGUUAUGAAUUCAUCGUUGUCGGUGCAUGUUGUUCGGCCUGGGCUAUAGCAUUGGGCUUGUACCUCCCCAAUUCUCCCGCUACAUUUAGAGGUUUCACGCACGAAGAGAAACUUCUCAUGAUCGCCCGAAUGAGGAGAAACCAGACGGGUGUCGAGAACAGACGCAUCAAGUGGCAUCAAAUUAGGGAAGCGGUAACAGAUUACAAAACUUAUAUGUAUCUUUUCAUGGGAAUGAUCUGCAAUAUCCCGAACGGUGGUAUCAGUAAUUUCUCCACUUUGGUUAUAGCCGGCUUGGGCUUUGAUAGACUUCACACUGCGUUGCUCGGUAUUCCUCAAGGUGCCUUGGUGGUAAUCUGGAUCGCAUCAGGCGCACUCUUAAAUGAUAGAUUACCAAAGAACAGUAGGCUUCUUGUCAGCGCCCUCUUCAUGUUACCUACUAUAUCAGGCGGCUUGGGAUUCUUGUUGGCCCCUCAAGAUGCUUAUGUUGGUCGAUUGAUCUGUUUCUACUUGACCGGUUCAUAUCAAGCGUCGUUUGUCAUUCUUUUAUCUGUUUUAACUUCAAACACAGCUGGUCAAUCAAAGAAAAUGAUUGUGUCAGGUGUGAUCUGGUUCGGAGCUUGUAUCGGUAAUAUCAUCAGUCCAUUCUUCUACUUGACAAAACAAGCUCCCAAAUAUCAAUUGGGAAUCGGGUCACUAUUAGCUGCAAACAUAAUUGAACUUUGCAUGUUCUUCGCUUUCAGAUUCGCCUUCAUCUGGGAGAACAAGAAGAAGAAGAGAGCUUUGGAGGCUCAAGCUGGUUCUGCCGUGGCUUUUGACCCUAAUACUACUGCUUUUGCAGAUUUGACCGAUAAAGAAAACCCUUAUUUCGAAUAUGUCUAUUAA